AUGUCGCACGACAACUACCCCGAAAUGAACUCGUAUACGGAGGAGUCGGACCUCCUCGAGCGUGGCCUCCUGGUAAAAUCCCGGUCCUUAAACGCAAGAAACAGGAAGCAGAGUAAGCAUGUGCAGCUAAACGACGGUGGUACAAGUACCGGAGCACUUCUUGCAGGAGGAGAAAUCAAAAACACGACGACCUCUCCCCAGUCCCCCUCUCCCUACCAGCACCCGAAGUCCGAUCCCAGCCCCGCCACCACGGGGUUUCACCUUCUCACCCGCACCAAUUCUACUUCCAACGGCUACAACUCGCCGAACGCGGGAACUACAACUGCUAUCACGACCAAUAUGCACGACAUAGACGCGCUGCAGGAGGUGCAGAGGGAGGCUGGAGAAAGGAGAGCGCAGACUUUGACUGCCGUCGAGCGGGCGCAACUGCGGGCGAUGGUGCAGGAUAGGGUGAAACUGAGCCCCAGACAUUCCUUCUGCGUCGGGGACAUGUUGACAAAUGCAGGCGGGGGAGGAAAUAAUAACUUCGGCCAAAACCUCCAAAACAACAACAGUCCGAUGGCGAAUAUGCAACUGUUGGCGCAACAAGACAAGGAUCUGCAUGACAGUGACGAAUUGCUCGAGCAGCAGCAGCUGUGCCUGGAGUGGCGGAAUUUGACCUUCACGGUUGGUGCGAAGCCGAAGAGGAAAAACAUUUUGACCAACUGCUACGGCAAGCUCUAUCCGGGCGAGGUCUGUGCGCUGAUCGGGCCGAGCGGGGCCGGGAAGUCCACGUUGAUGAAUCUGCUCGCCGGGCGGCAGGCGUGGAAGGGGAACGGGGUGGAGCUGACGGGGGAAAUUCGGUACGGCGGGAAGGAGGUCAGCUUCGAGGAUCUGAAGUCUUCGAUCGCGUAUGUGAUGCAGCAAGACGCGCUGUUGGGGUCGCAAACGGUGGAGGAAACCCUGGAAUUUUCUGCGAAACUCAAGCUCCCAACCACCACCACCGAGGACCAAAUGAAAAAGUCGGUGGCGCACGUGAUGGACACGUUAUCCCUAAACCACGUGAAAAACGUCCCGAUCGGGGAUGCGUUGACGAAAGGGAUCUCCGGCGGGCAGAAAAAGCGGGUGUCCGCCGCGAUUGAACUGUUGAACAAGCCGUCCGUGCUGUUUCUGGACGAACCCACGUCUGGACUGGAUUCCUUUUCGUCCCUCGAGCUGAUGCAAGAGCUGAAAAAGAUCGCGGAAUCGGAACGGGCAAUCAUCUGUUGCACCAUUCACCAGCCGUCCAGCGAACUCUUCGACCAAUUCGACCGCGUCAUUUGCAUGCGGGACGGGGAAAUCCUUUUCUCGGGCUACAACGGGAAAACCGCAGAAGCAAUCUUGACGCAAUUCGGCGGCGAGGCGUAUUUGUAUCCCACAGUUGGGGCGGGAAGUGCUGCGAAUACGAUGACAAAUAACCCAAAUAGAGAUCAGGAGCUGCUGUUGACAAACUCUGCGACUGCAGCGACAGACGGGCAAACAACUGCCUUCGGGUACAGACCAGGGCUGCAACAAGCGAAUCAAAUUCAAAAUCCCAAGACGAAUGGCUCGUCCCCGUCAAUUUCGCCAAAACAAGAUUUGCUACAGCAAUUCGACCAGAAGCUGGAAGAGGUGAUGGCCCAGACGGCGCAGCAGGACGACCAGCAAACCGGGGUCCCCUUUGCCAUGGUGCAGCAGCAGGAGUACAAAAAUGAGAAAAUGAUCCCGAUCUUCACAAUCCCGGGGUUCCUCGCGUUGAUCUGCGCCCGCCCAAAGCCGGUGCAGUUCAAUCUCGCCGAUUGGCUGUUGCACCUGGCGCAGUCGUAUCAAAUGCAAAAGUGUCUGGGUCUGGAGGUUGCGAGAUUUGUCAUGCGAGUCUCGCAUGACUCUGAGCUCUGUAUUGCGUGGCCCCAAAGCCCUUCCCUUCUCUGUCAUGCAAAAACGAAAUUUCUCAUGCGGAGUACGCAACUCAGAAACACGGAAAAACUUGUCAUGCCUGGCAGUGCAUUACAGUGUUUGCAUUGCUCCCUGACUUGCAUCACAAGUUUCCAGACCCAGACAUUUUUGCAUUUGAUAAGUCGCUCGACGAGGCGGAGAUUAGGGAGAUCAUCGAGCAUAUGGAUGUGUCAGAGUUGAAAUCGACAGAGUUGAAAUAAUUUGCCAUGCAUAAAAUGGAUGCCAGUUGGAACCCAGUUUCCAAGUGGCGCAUGACAAAUUUCGGUGGUCCUUAAAUCCAGUUUGUCAUGCUGUUUAGGCAAAGAAGAGCGAUUUUCUCAUGCUACUUUAGCAGCUCGAUCUGUAACCCCAAACAGGCUGACAAUCGGCCUCACUUGCCUGCUCUGCAACACACGUACCUCGGGUCAUGCAUUUUAUGCAUUACAGGUUGUGUAGUGGUUUCGGUCGGUUUAGCAUUACAAAUUAUUUCAACUUUGACGAUUUCAAACCUGACGCUUCCAUAGAGCAAACGGCCCGCGCGUACGAAAUUCUGAACCCCGGGUAUGUGACCCCCCGGGUGCCACUCUUGGAUUACAGCAUCGAUAAAACGCAGAACGAGUACCUCGUGGUAAACGUGGUCUCGAUGGACCGGAGGUCGAGCUUUUCCUGGAAAAAGCACCAAAACACGAUGGGCUCUAUGCGCGCCGGAGUUGGGGGCAGCUCCUUCGGGAAUAAUAACACUGCAUCCAGGAGAACAGCGCAAAAUUCAUCCUCAGCGAACAACACAACCACGGGCGGCUUUGGAGCAAACACGGCGAAGCCGACCUUGGACGGUCUCUUCACCUAUCAACUGUAAAAAUGUCAGGGUCUCCUGAGAGAAUUCAUGUUUGUCAUGCUUGUCUGGCAUGACUCUUAAAUCUGUCAUGCACGUUACCCAAGAGCUCCGUCUUUCUGUGAUGCAGAAGCGCAGUUUGUCAUGCAGAAUAGGCAACACCUAGGAGCUCAGAAACUUGUGAUGCUGAGCCAGCAUCUGUAGCCUCAUCAUGAGACGCCACCCAGCAUCACAAGUUUCCAGACCCAGACACUUUUACAUUUGAUAUCACCUUUCGGGAAGAGGAUGAGGAGGAAGUCGAGGAGAUCGAUUCAAAAAACAAACAGGAGUCCAAUAUCCACUGCAAAAGUAUCGUACUCGUAGUAAUUGCAGUGACGCAUGACAAAUCUCCGAUCUUAGGCAAAUCAGCAUUACAAAUUCUACUUCUCUUCUUGGCAUUAUUUGUCUUGCUAUUUCUACUAGUACAAUACUUUUGCAAUGCAUAUCCAACACUAGUCUGCGGAACGACAAUUUCAAUCCGAAAAAACCCGUGAACGACAGUCGGGUCGCGGCGAGAGACAUUGUCCUGUGGCCCUCCCUAUCAAAUGUAAAAAUGUCUGGGUCUGGAAGAGUCAUGCUGUUUUUGCAUGACACGGAAGGCCUGGCAUGAAAGCUCUAGCAUCACAGGUUUCGAAAAGCUUCCGCAAUGCCGAAUCCGCAUCACAAAUCCCCUAUUUUGCUGAGAGAAAAUGGGCAGCUUUUGCUACGUAUGCAUGAGAGACUUUUCUGUGUUCUGAAAUAUGCAUUACAAGUUGCGUUCUUCCAGACCCAGACAUUUUUACAUUUGAUACUCCCUCGGGGUCGCGCCGAACGCUUUGAAAAGGAAGUUUCUGGACCAAACGAAACACAUAUGAGAGUGCACAACUCCCCCUCCCCCUCAUUUGUCAUGCAAAAUUGCAAGUCCACGCUUUGCCUGUUAGCACUGUUUGCAUCACAGACUCCGGAAUCCAAAACAGCACUACAAUCCUCUAGGAAUUUGCCACGCAAAAGCUACAUCUUUGCCAGCGCUUGUGUUGCUCUUCAUGCAACACAAAUGAGUGGGUGGGGGAGUUGUGCACUCUCAUAACACACGAAGUACUUGCAAGAAAUUCCGGUCACAAACGAAAUGGAGCUGGAGACCGCACAAUUUCAGGGCUUUUGCUCGCAGUUGUGCUUGCUACUUCACCGCGAAACGGUACACCGCCACCGGGACCCCUUCGGCCUGUUGUUCCGUUUCGUGAUUCCGACCCUGCAGAUUCUAUUCUACUCCUUGUCCUUUCUCAACCUAGGUCGACAGCUGGUUGACGGCAGCGAGAACGACGGGACCGCGUUCUACGACAGCAGCACGAUGACGCCCAUCACCCUGGAGAUGAUAUGCAAUGCAAAAGCAUCGUACUACUAGCAUAAAUCACAUGACAAAUUCCCUCAGCAUGAAAAAUGGAAUUUGUGAUGCGGAUUUCGGUUAAGAGGGAGAUUUGUAAUGCAUGAUUGCGAUUACUACGAGUGCGAUACUUUUGCACAGGAUAGAUGAUCCAGUCCGGCCAAAUGACGCCGGAGCAGUCGUGGACCGCGAAGUUUCUCGUUAUGAAAUACACCGCGAAAAUCAUCGACAUCUACGGCGCCGCCGGUUUCACGGCCUGGGUGGUGUUGAUGUCCGGGUCGAGCGCUCUCUCCCUAGCCGUGCCGCAGGAGCGGCCGGUGUUUCUCCGCGAGUACCACAGUAACCUGUACAAGGUGUCCGCCUACAUGGUCGCGAAACUCGUGGUGGAAUUGGUGUUGAUCACCCUCCAAACCAUCAUUGUCAUGACCAUCCCCUACGUCGCCUGGGGGCUCCCCUGCAACUGGUUCGCGUGGGUGGCCAUCGCCCUGUUGCUCGGGAUCAGCGGGUCGGGGAUCGGCGUCUUGCUCUCCACGGCCAACGCGAAAGCGCCGGAUCGGGCGUUGAUGAUGGCGCCGCUGCUCCUUUCCACCCUGCCCACCUGCUUUUCCGGGUCUUUCCGGCCCGUCCGGGAGAUGCCGUCCUGGAUCUCCUGGUUUGCCUACAUCACGCCCAGCACGUUCGGCUUGAAGGUGAUGGCGUACAUCACGACCAACGAUUCGGUGGCAACGGAAAUCCUCAACGACCGAACUUUGAACAACCCGUCGGUUGGGUUCGCGAGUAUCAACCCACCGCCAAACGCCGGGUCGGUUUCCGAAGAUCGGGCGGUCACGAACUACGCCACUUUUGUCACAGCAAGGGAUACGUGGUGGGCCCGCAUGGACAUUGCCGCCGCCGAUGCCGAGGCGUGGUGGUUUAUAACGCGCUCAGCUGUUACAAUGUCAACUGUUACAAUAGAAUAUGGAAAUCUGUGAUGCAAAGUUGCAUGAUCUAGCAAACUCUUGUAGGAUUGCGCAUGACAAGUUCCGGAGCCCCAAACCCCACUACAAUCUGGCGAAAUUUGUAUUGCAGAAAGUGGAACGCUGUCCGAGUCUGUCAUGUUGAUCAUGCAAGACAAAUCCCAGAUUCUAUUGUAACGUUUGAGAUUGUAACGUUUGAGCAGGUCAUAUGGUUCAGUUGGUACUUUUCGACACUGAUGCUGUUCUUUUACUGCUUUCUGAUGUACUUUCUGGCGAUAUCGUUUUUGGCCUGGAACUCGAGGACGCUAUACUGAUAGCGGUUAGAAGUAGUUGUGCUAUCGAGUUCUUUUCUGGUCGUGCCGGAUUUUUUGCUACGUAGAGAAGUUCUUUGUGAUAGUAUAUGAUCUGCUGACGCACCGUUUAUAAUUUAUUGCACCUAAGUCUAUUUCAUCAUGAUCAUGAACAUGUAUCAGCAUCAACGCAUGAUAAAACUUCACCUCAUUUGUACGUCAAUCCGUCGUACCAUGGAUCGAAUCAUGUGUGAGCUUGAUGAUCCACGACUCCGUGAUAGCAACACGCAUGCUGGUGCCUAUUCACAAAACGACAUGGAGAAAAAUUAUGAAUUUUGUCAAUGCACCAAGGCGAAGUGAACAAGGCGCGCCACUGGUAAAAAAAACCUGUACUAUUAACCAACAAGCGACCACAUAUUAUUGCAAUUGAUGAUGAGUACAAAACAUUCUCAGUAUUUCCUAUUUCCUACAGAUCAUGG